AAUUAAUCGUCUUCUUCAAUUGGAAUCGUAUGAUUGAUUCUCUCUGACUCUCACUCUCUCUCCCUCACAGAAGAACUACUUUGUAAUGGCGUCGUUGCUCCUUUCUCAGUCCUCUCUCUUAUCUCUUCAACCACCAUUAUCGUCGUCUUCUUCGCAUAUGGAAAAAGGAGUUGUCGCUUAUCCUUCCCUAAUUCGGAAUUCAAUUUCCCCGUCUCUCUCUACUUCCUCCGUUGGUAAAUCCAAUUCGAUUCCUCAGGUUGUCGUAACCCGAGAACGAGGCAAGAAUAAUCAAAUCAUCAAAGCUUUGGAGAAACAUGGGAUAUCAUCUUUAGAGCUUCCCUUGAUUCAACAUGCGCCAGGACCUGAUUUCCAUCGGCUUGCCUCUGUAUUGACUGAUAAGAGCUUUGACUGGAUCAUCAUUACAUCUCCAGAAGCAGGUUCUGUUUUUCUCGAGGCGUGGAAGGCAGCUAGCUCCCCAAAAGUGCAAAUAGGUGUAGUAGGAGCUGGAACAGCCAGGGUAUUUGAAGAGGCAAUGCAAUCGGCAGAAGGAUUGCUUCAUGUUGCCUUUACACCAUCAAUAGCAACUGGUAAAGUCUUGGCUUCGGAGCUUCCAGAGAAAGUUGGCAAAAGGUCUUCUGUCUUAUACCCGGCUUCUCUAAAAGCUGGCACUGAUAUUGAGAAUGGGUUGUCCAAACGUGGGUUUGAAGUUGCCAGGCUGAAUACAUACACGACAGUUCCUGUGCAGAGUGUUGAUACGGUGCUCCUGCAACAGGCACUGUCUGCUCCAGUUCUUUCUGUAGCUUCACCUUCGGCAGUUGGGGCCUGGCUGAAUCUGAUUCAAAACGAGGAGCAAUGGAGCAAUUGCGUUGCCUGCAUUGGAGAGACAACUGCAUCAACUGCAAGACGACGAGGAUUGAAAAACGUGUACUACCCAGAGAAACCAGGACUUGAAGGGUGGGUCGAGAGCAUCAUGGAAGCUCUAGUUGCUCACGAAGAAUUACACAGAUUCAAGUAACUUUUGCUGCGAAUCACACUUGUUCCACCCUAUCAUAGUGUAGGACUUUGAAUUAGGACAAUGUUUGUAAUUUAGAAGACAGGGUAUAAAAGGUGGUGUUAUAAUAUCCUCAAGCCCUUUUAGGUAGCUUUUGUAGGACAAACCGACAAAGUAUGUAAUUACUGUUUGAAUACUAACAUCAAAAGCCAUCUAAAAACAUGCAAUUAAUUUCAAUUUCUCA